UUCAAGUCCGCCUGACUGGACAUCUUGGACAUAUUUGUUUCUGUAACUGCACGCCCCACAAGCCGCAGCACGAGCGGGCGCGCUGUCGGCGCGGAGUAACGGUUACUGUCUCCCGUGACGCGGACACGGAGCUCACCGGCGGCGAGAUAACAGCCUGCUUCGCCCGGCGCCGGGAGCCACCAACCCGGCCGAAAGGGGACCGAGCGGUGGGGCUGUCCGGAUGAAAGGCAAGCUAGCUAGCAUUAGCCGGGGGGGUGGACAGCCUCUCAGACACAGCAUCCCUCAACACUCCGCUGCGCUGACGUCAACUCCACAGGGUUGUGCUCUCUAGCUUAACUGUGUGACUGAGCUCGGAGACAGAGAGGGAGAUGCCUCCCAGGCCGUCCUCAGGAGAGCUAUGGGGCAUCCACUUGAUGCCUCCCAGGAUCCUCGUGGACUGCCUGCUGCCCAAUGGAAUGAUUCUGACCCUCGAGUGUCUCCGAGAGGCCACGCUCAUCACCAUCAAGCAUGAGCUGUUCAAAGAGGCCAGGAAAUAUCCCCUCCAUCAACUCUUACAGGAGGAGACGUCCUACAUCUUUGUCAGUGUGACACAGGAAGCAGAGCGUGAGGAGUUCUUUGAUGAGACCAGAAGACUAUGUGACCUCCGACUCUUCCAGGCCUUCCUCAAGGUCAUUGAACCUGUUGGCAACAGAGAGGAAAAGAUCCUCAACAGAGAAAUCGGUUUUGCCAUUGGUAUGCCUGUGUGUGAGUUUGACCUUGUGAAGGAUCCCGAGGUCCAAGACUUCAGGAGAAACAUCCUGAAUGUUUGUAAAGACUCCGUGGAGCUGAGAGACGCCAGCGGGCCCCAUAGCAGAGCCCUGUAUGUUUACCCUCCGAAUGUAGAAUCCACGCCGGAACUUCCCAAGCACAUCUACAGCAAACUGGACAAAGGUCAGAUUAUUGUGGUGAUUUGGGUGAUUGUUUCUCCAAACAAUGACAAACAAAAGUAUACAUUGAAGAUCAACCAUGACAGUGUCCCUGAACAGGUGAUUGCAGAGGCCAUUCGAAAGAAGACACGCAGCAUGCUGCUGUCCCCAGAGCAGCUGAAGAUGUGUGUUCAGGAAUAUCAGGGUAAAUACAUCCUCAAAGUGUGUGGCUGUGAUGAGUACCUGCUGGAAAAGUACCCCAUCAGCCAGUAUAAGUAUAUCCGUAGUUGCAUCAUGCUCGACAGGAUGCCUAACCUGAUGCUCAUGGCUAAGGACAGCCUAUACACUCAGUUGCCAACGGAUAACUUUGUCAUGCCGUCCUACUCUCGCCGCAUCUCCACGGCAACAUCCUAUAUGAAUGGCGAGGCAGCUGCCAAGUCACUGUGGACCAUCAAUGGAACCCUGCGAAUACGAAUCCUCUGUGCCACCUAUGUCAACGUCAAUAUACGGGACAUAGACAAGAUAUAUGUGAGAACAGGCAUUUAUCAUGGAGGUGAACAAAUGUGUGACAAUGUCAACACACAGAGAGUACCCUGCUCUAACCCCAGGUGGAAUGAGUGGCUCACCUAUGAUAUGUACAUCCCAGAUAUACCCUGCGCUGCCAGACUCUGCCUCUCCAUCUGCUCUGUUAAGGGCAGGAAAGGAGCCAAGGAGGAGCACUGUCCACUAGCUUGGGGUAAUAUUAACUUGUUUGACUACACUCACACUCUGGUGGCCAACAAGAUGGCUCUGAACCUCUGGCCUGUCCCUCAUGGCCUUGAAGACCUCCUCAACCCUAUUGGAGUCACAGGAUCCAACCCUAAUAAGGAAACCCCAUGUCUGGAGCUGGAGUUUGACCACUUUAGUAGUUCAGUCAAAUACCCAGAUAUGAAUGCAGUAGAGGAUCACGCAAACUGGACCAUCUCCAGGGAACUGGGGUAUAACUACAACCUCUCUGGACAGAGCAAUAGGUCGGCCAGAGAUCACGCUCUGACAGAGAGCGACACCGAGCAGAUGAGGCAGCUGAGUAACAGAGACGCUCUUUCUGAAAUCACUGAGCAGGAGAAAGACUUCCUCUGGAGACACAGGCACUACUGCAUGAACGUCCCUGAGAUACUUCCCAAAAUCCUCCUCGCUGUCAAAUGGAACUCCAGAGAUGAAGUAGCACAGAUGUAUUGUCUGUUGAAGGAAUGGCCAUCUAUCCGCCCUGAGCAGGCCAUGGAGUUGUUGGAUUGUAACUAUCCAGACCCGAUGGUCCGGCACUUUGCUGUACGCUGCCUUGACAAAUACCUUACUGAUGACAAGCUGUCCCAGUACCUCAUUCAGCUUGUGCAGGUAUUAAAAUAUGAGCAGUAUCUUGACAAUCCCCUGGCCCGUUUCCUCCUGAAAAAGGCCCUGACCAAUCAAAGGAUAGGUCAUUUCUACUUCUGGCAUCUCAAGUCAGAAAUGCACAACAAAACAGUGAGCCAGAGGUUUGGGCUGCUGUUGGAGGCUUACUGCAGGGCAUGUGGCAUGUACCUCAAACACCUGAGCAGGCAGGUAGAGGCCAUGGAGAAGCUCAUUAACCUCACUGAUAUCCUUAAACAGGAGAAGAAGGAUGAGACGCAGAAGGUCCAAAUGCGGUUUCUUGUGGACCAGAUGAAGAGACCAGACUACAUGGAUGCUUUGCAAAACUACACCUCUCCUCUCAACCCCGCACACCAACUGGGAAACCUGAGGUUAGAUGAAUGUAGGAUCAUGUCAUCAGCAAAGAGACCACUGUGGCUGAACUGGGAGAAUCCUGACAUCAUGUCUGAGCUGCUCUUUCAGAACAAUGAGAUCAUCUUCAAAAAUGGAGAUGACUUGCGGCAGGAUAUGCUGACGUUGCAGAUCAUCAAAAUCAUGGAGAACAUUUGGCAGAAUCAGGGACUGGACCUUCGGAUGCUUCCUUAUGGCUGCCUGUCGUUAGGAGACUGUGUGGGUCUCAUUGAGGUGGUUCGCAGCUCUCACACCAUCAUGCAGAUUCAGUGUAAAGGAGGCUUGAAAGGAGCCCUGCAGUUCAACUCAAACACUCUGCAUCAGUGGCUCAAGGACAAGAAUAAGGGCGAGAUGUAUGACUUGGCUGUGGAUCUGUUUACGAGGUCCUGUGCUGGCUACUGUGUAGCUACAUUUAUCCUUGGGAUAGGAGACAGACACAACAGCAACAUUAUGGUCAAAGAUGAUGGACAGUUGUUUCAUAUAGAUUUUGGCCAUUUCCUGGAUCAUAAGAAGAAGAAAUUUGGCUACAAGAGAGAACGAGUUCCCUUUGUAUUGACACAAGACUUCCUCAUCGUCAUCAGCAAGGGAUCCCAAGAGUGUGCAAAGACUAAAGAGUUUGAGAGGUUCCAAGAGAUGUGUUAUAAAGCCUACCUGGCGAUCCGGCAGCAUGCAAACCUCUUCAUCAAUCUGUUCUCCAUGAUGCUGGGCUCUGGCAUGCCUGAGCUGCAGUCCUUUGAUGACAUUGCCUACAUAAGGAAGACAUUAGCCCUGGAGAAGAGCGAGCAGGAGGCGUUGGACUAUUUUAUGAAACAGAUGAACGACGCCCACCAUGGAGGAUGGACCACCAAAAUGGACUGGAUAUUCCACACAAUUAGACAGCAUGCACUUAACUGAUCUCCUGCAAACAAACACAAACACACCAGUCCCACCCGGGAGGAACAGGAAGUUUGCAGCUUGAUUUAAAAGUGUUUCUUCUUUUUUUUAAACAUCAUUUUUAUGUAUCAAAACAAGGUUGCGUUGUUUCUUCAUUUUAUGGCCAUUUUCUGCAGUCCUGAUGCCCUCACUUCACCCUCUGCUUGUUCUGGAGUCGACAAGUGAGCAAUGUCCUCAUGAAGACGUGUCCUACCUGGAGGUUUUUUACCCCCCAACAGAAACAAACUGGAUAAUUUUUUGGAGUAAUGUGACUCCUUACCUUGCUACUCUUUCUGGAAAAUGAUAAUCGGACAAAACAGCAACAAGAAGAUGUAUCGGCCAGUAGUCUUGUAGCCACAAAGUGAGUUCUGCUUGCUGCCCUUCUGCUGGAUUACUUCUACACUGUGGCUCCACCUCAGCAAGGAGGCACAAGGAACUUCUCUCCACACUAACUUGUGCUGAAGUUGAUUUGGUAUCAGCUUUUCCACCUUUUCAACCUUUGUGAGGGAAUUUCAAAGCUCAAAAACGACAGGGUUGUUCUGCAUAGCUCUACAGUCUCCCGGCCUCCACCCGUGGGAACAUUUGCUGGUGGUGCAGCUUUAGACUGUUGCAUAAACUUCAGGGUAAUGAUGCAUCUCCAUUAAGAAAACACAACACAUAUAAAUAAUAUACAGAUUUAUUAUGCCUUUUUGAAUUUAUUUAUGUAUCCAGUUUUAUUUCAGUUUAUACAAGUCAAAACUCAACUCUCCACAACCAUUGCCAUUGUAAAUUUAAUCAUUUGUACUUUCAAUUUACUUCCUUUUCUGACUACCACAAGUGCAACAACCUUUCUCUUUUAUCUCGAUCGUUGAACUUUGCUCACCUUUUCUUUUGCCUUUGUCACUUUUAAGGUAAACAUCUCAUUUGACCUAUCCAGUAGCAGCCCGGUGUCGUGUUAUGUGGCUAGUGUGCAGCCCUACUUGGCAUUUUGUAUAAAUUACUAAGAAUGUAAGUGCCAGUCUUAUUUUAAGCCUCUGGCUGUCUGUUUUAUUGGCGAGCAGAGGUCCAGGGGAAUGUCAUGUCUUCCUGUUGAUAAAAUGCCUCGGCAUCACAUCACAGCACUCCACAACACUGCACACUGCGAAAUACGACGAACGUUGUCUCAACAUGUUGGAGUAGGCAAACCAUAACGCCACUUUUUUAACAUGACCUGACCUUUGUGUAUUAUUAUUUCUCACCAUGUGAGGCUGAUUUUCUCCCAUUGGAAUGUCUUUAAAAUGUCGACUCAUGACCAGAAGUGCAUUUUAACUGUAUUUGUACCCAGAACCCCUUUCACUGAGCCCUGGGCCCUGGCAGUAUUUGAACAAUGCUCUUUUUUGUCAUGCACUUUUAAAGCCUCUUUAUACACACGAUUACAUUUUACAUCUGCAAAAUGUAAUCGUGUGUAUAAAGAGUAAAAUGGCAGUAAAAUGGCAGUUGCACAAACCCGUGAAUUAAUAAAGCAAAGCAGCGCAUGAAACCAAUCUUUCAAAAUGAAUUACGUAGCUCGAGAGUGGGCAUGAAGGAGCUGUCGAGGACUGUGUCUCUUUGGCUAACGGUCAAGUCCGUUUUUAUAGUUAACCGGUGCAAUCAUAUUUAUGAGCUAUACCAGCUUAAGAUAAGUCAUCGAAAAUAUAUUUCACAAAAAGAUAUAUAUAUAUUUUUUCUUUAUAUUUGGCAUAUAAUUGAACAAUUAACCCCGGGACAAUUAACCAAUGUUCUCGGAAAGUAUACUUAUGUAAAGGUUUUUAAUGAGAACAGAGAACCUUGAGAGUAAAGGAGAGAUUGUAUUUUUCAAGAAAAGGUGCCUCAGAGCAGCCUGGUGAGUCCCUGACGCCGUCACAAUGUACCGAGAAAGACAUUUGGAUGUGUUCUUAGCUAAAUUAUUAUCUUACUCACAGACAGUAUGAAGCUCAGUCUGCCAGUAGAAAAGUAGAAAGUCAGCACUUUGCCUGCUUAACUGUUGAUUGUAUCGAAAAGCCAAAGUGGUGGUCUGUCCUGAUGUUGGCGCACAUGUGUGAUGUCACAUUAAUGCAGAAUUAACGCUGGAAUUUAUUCCAUUGCUAACAUGGACCUUAUGUGCACUCACCUUUUUUAUGUUUUUACAUUAUUCAUGUUCUCUUUCUUAUGUCAGAUGCAGUGCCACUAAACAUACAGUAGGUUACAAAGCUCUUCUCCUUUUUUUUUUUUUCUGUGCCAAAUCAGGCAUCACUGAGACCGAUGAAAGUUAAGCCUGGAAUCACAUCAUGGAGGGAGGGAUAUCGUUACAGACUUAGAAAAAAGUUGGGCAAUGCACUUAAAUAGACUAGUUAUUGUAAUUUGCAAUGCCUUUUUGUCCAAAGGGAUAAGGAUAAGGAGUUAGCCGAGUCAGCAUGUUUCUCAAACAUUUUGAAGCCCCAUUAAGCAGUAUGUAUGUACAGUUACAGUCAGACCUCUUUUCUAUGGUGGAUUGUGUGUUUGUGUGCAUUAGUUGUCUUUCUGUACAGGUUGCAGAGCUUCAUUGGCAGGCCCCAAUGAAAAACCCACACUGUACACUACCAUGUUUCUGUUGUUGUGAUGACAAUUAACUUUGAAAGUUGUGGUGUCGCUAAAUCUUUUGUAAGAUCUUUUUUUCCCCCACUGGCUGGUCAAAAAAGUUUGUUUGUUUGUUUGAUACCAGCAGUGAUUGUCAUCAGUGCCACAGUUCCACGCAGAGAACUAUGACAAAGUAUCUCUUACAGGGUUUAAUAAGAUGUAAUAAUCUUAGAUGUUCAUCCUCAACAUCAAGAUCAAAUGAAUUACGUCCAGCAGCUAAUUCAUCGUUCUCACCUCUUCUCAGAGUAUGUUUGUUUGUUUGAAUGUUCUCCUGGUUCCCAAACUUGGCACUGGAUUAAUGCAGGCAUGAUAUUGUUGCACUAGAUUUCCGCCUCUAAGUUAAGGCGCAGAUGCUUUAUCUCACAAUGAAAUCACAGGCCCAUAUUUACAGAUCUGCCUUUGAGUAUCACAUAACGGCACAUCAUUGUUGUCCCUGCAGAAUGUACCGGGUCGGGUGAAGUUGGAAACGGUUGAUCUCAUUUCAGCCCUGUGUGUGUUCAGUCAAAUACUAUUGGACUAUGUUUGAAGUUUAGUCGCGAGUAGGGACAUCUGAAUUAUAUUUGUCUGCUCUUCAGUUGUUGCCUGUGCGUCAGUAAUGAAUCACAGGAUCUGAUUUAUGAUAUAACAUGAAGACCCAAAUAUAAUGAGAUUUAAUGCAAUAUCCAUGCAGUAAAUACUGCUUAUGUGAACCCCAUUUUGUUUCUGAUGUGCGACAAGUGUUUAUCCUAAGGUGUUUUUAUGUUACUGUUUUUCUUUGUUUGCGUGAUGGACAGGUGUUCCUGUUAUUGUGUCCAUGUAUGAAUAUCGGACCUGAUAUUAAGUGAAUAAGUCUGUUUUUCUUUCUGUAAAGCAGUUCAAAUCAUUGUGAAACCCACAGUUACUGUUGUUUGUUUCAACAGAUUGUGUUGCUAUGAAGCCUUUGAAAGAAUGCAGGGUUCUAAAAUGUAAAGAAAAAUAUGACUAAUCCUUUUGAUUAUUGAUCGUUUGUGAUCAUUUUUAGGCUUCGGAAGUCUCCUAAAUUCUUAAUUUGAGAAAGGAUAUUGACUAAAGGGUCUGUGGCUUCAGGUUAUUUUCUGUCUGCAGUGCUCCUAACUACAUUAUGGUGUUUUGCUAAUUUAUUUCCACAACAUACCAUGCUGUCAGAACCUUAACUUAUCCUAUGAAUGAAUGUACAGCGGGCCAAUGUCGUGUUUUUCACCGCCUAACUGCAUGAGAUCCCAGUAAAGAUUGUUUGUUUUUUAGUCUGCUAGGCAGCCAUACAGAUGUUCAUACAGUUAUGCCUUAAGUUUGCUCUGUGUAGGAACCGUUUCAUGUUGACAAUAAGCUGUGUUUUAUAUUUAUUUAUAAAUGUAUAUUGUAUUUUAUGUUGGCUCCCUGCUUACAUAGUAAAUAAAGAUUUGUUCCUGACUGGUCA